CGUAGGACACGCUCAGCCAGUAAAGCGGGUUGCUUCCCGCGCCGCAUUACACUAGAAGCGGCAGUUUUUUUAUAUCCCACCGCGUUUCGCAGAUAUGCGUGCACUGUGCUGUCCUGCUGCGCACGCUUUCCCGCUGCUCUUUAGACUCGACCCCAACUUGCCGCGUCUAUGCUACUUGCUAAGUAUCUGCUGGUAGCAAAAACUUGCUCCCCGAGCAUUGCAGAAGUGAGGAGCUGGUGGUAGAAGGAUGUGGUAUUUAAGUACUAAUUUAGGUACUUAUUUCGGGGGGAACAGUCGUCUUGGGUAAAAGCUUUAAACCGAAAGACUUGUAGCGUGGCGUGACGUGCCCUGCUUCGUCCAUAGCCGAGUCGAGCCGCGAGCAUCUCGCUCGAACCCCAUUGACUAGACUAAGAGUCCAAUCCAAGGCUAAGAGUCCCUGCAACAUGCGUAGCGAUUGUAGUCGGCAGGCCCAAAGCUAAGAGUCGAUGGCCCAAUGCGCCGCGAAGAAACGUAUUAAAUAGCUUAACCAAUGAUAAGCUCAAUGAUAAGCUCGGUAACAAAGUUAGGAGCAAGCCUAUCAAGCCUCACUAACAAGCUUAACCAGCAAGCCUAAAGCGAAUCAUUUUUUAGGCGACUCAAACGUCAGCCUAAAGCGAAUCAUGGUGGCGUCUGAGGCAGCACGAAACGAUACUGCCGGGUCGGCAGCAUCUGGCGCCGCACUUGUCGCAGCGACCAGCGCUGGUGGCGGCUCGUCAGCGACCAGCGCCUCCACCGGCGGCGGCUUGACCGCGCAGGAUGACGUUACCGUUCUCGAGCCGCAGGCUCGGGCGUGGAUCGAGCGUUGCUUGGAUCGGCAGCUUCCGUCGGACCGCUCACUUCCGGAUAUCCUGCAGGAUGGGCACAUACUCCUGGAGGGGGAAGGGGAGGCGGAGCCGGGGGAGGGGGGAUCGCCCCCCGCGGAAGUGGGGCGGAACAUGGCGUUUUGGCGCGCGUGUGUGAAAGUAGAGAUGUUCCUCAAGAUGUGCCGCAGCAUCGGGCUGUACGACGUGAACGUGUUCAUGCCCGCGGAUCUGGUGGAGAGGCGCGACCUGAGGCGGGUGUAUCUGUGCCUGCGCACGCUCAGCAAGCGAACCAUCGGGCUCAAAGACUUUGAUGGGAACAUGGUGACUGCCACGUCAGCCACCCGCCACCGGCUCAUGUCGUCCGUUUCCAACACCAUCCGGCACACCACGGCUGCUCUCUCCCCCUCCCCCUCCUUCUCCUCUCACUCCAAAACAGCUCCAGCGCCACCCUCCCCUGCCCUACCUUCUUCAGCUAAACCCUCCCCAGCUCUGCCCUCCCCAGCUCUGCCCUCCCCAGCCUUGCCCUCCCCAGCUGCUCUCGCCUCCUCUGUCUCUCAAUCAGCUACAGUAGCUGCUGCACACUCCCCAGCUGCACCCUCCCCAGCUGCACCCUCCCCAGCUGCACCCUCCCCAGCUGCACCCUCCCCAGCUGCACCCUCCCCAGCCGCACCCUCCCCAGCUGCACCCUCCCCAGCCGCACCCUCCCCAGCCGCACCCUCCCCAGCUGCACCCUCCCCAGCUACACCCUCCCCAGCUAUACCCCCUUCCAAGUCGGUCCCUCCGUCCCCAGCUCUACCCUCCCUAGUUCCCAUCUCCCCAGCAACAGCCGUACCCUCCCCAGCAGAAGCACCACCCUCCCCUCGAGUUGGUGCCCCUCUGACCUUGCCCUACUCAGCUCUUCACCUCCCUGCUACCCCUGCUGCUCCUGUUACUGCUGUUGCUCCUGCUGCUGCUUUUGCUACUGCUGCUGCCGUUGCUCCUGCUCCUACUCCUGCUCCUGUUGCCCCUCCGGCGUCUCCUCCUCCUCCUGAUGCUGCUCCUGCUUACAGCGCUGCUACCAUCACUGCUGUCAGUGCUGCUGGGGGGACUCGUCAAAGCAGCAGCAGGGAAAGGGAGGCCAGCAGACUAGCAGCAGCACCAGCACCAGCACCAGCACCAGCAGCAGCACCAGCAGUACCAACACCAGCAGCACCAGCACCAGCAACGCUGCCACCAGCAGCAAGUUACUGGAACCCUGUGCUUCGUCCCUCCCCACCCUCUGCUUCCCCACCCUCUCCCACCCGCCCCUCUCCCUCCCUCAGCCCCUCUGCUCUGCCCGAGCCGGAUCAGCUCCUGCCCAUCCCCCCCUUCCCUUCUGCCUCCUCUCUCGCCUCGUCUGUCACCUCAUCCCGCUCCUUCACCACAGCCACCAGCGCUUCUACCUCCGCCACUGUUGCUACCACUGUUACCACUGCUACAGCUGCUACAGCUGCCACUGCUGCUACAGCCACCGCUGCAGCAGCUGCUACAGCAGGGCUCGCAGCAGCGGAUCGCAGCAUUCCCCGGUGGUGGGCGCCCGCCUACCACCGGCCGCACAGCCCCUCCCGCCGCUUCGCCCACGCCUCGUCUGUUACUGCGUGGCAAGCUAGCAGUGCUGCCGCUGCUGCUGCUACUGCUACUGGUGUUCCUACUGAUGCUGCUGCUGCGGCUACUGCUGAUGCUGCCACUCUUCCGGCUGCUGGUUUUGGUACAGGUCGGGCGGGUCGGCUGCCGAACCUGCCAUCGUGGCUCGGCUCGGAGCAGCAGGCGGUGCUUCGGUCACGGUCCCCGGCUCGGGUGCCUCAGUGGGUGGUGAGGGAAGGGGGAGGGCCGGCAGAGGCUAUCCGGGGGAGAAGAUCGGCUUCGGUCACGGCGAUGCAAAGGCCACCGCUAACCCCCCGCACACACGUCUCCCCCCUCCGCUCCUUCUCCCCUACCCCCACCACUCUGCACCCAUCGGAACCGGAGUCUCUCCCUGAAACAAGCACUGUGGGAAGGGGAGGAGGGGAUAUGGGGCAACUGGUGGGAGAGCAACAACGACAGGAUGGGCUAUUAGUAGAGCAGCAGGAGGAGGAGGGGAGGUGGCUGGGGGCACGCAAGUGGCAGAUGCUAGCAGCAGCAGGGGCGGCGGUGCUGGUGGGAGGAGCGGUGGUGAUGGCAACUCAGCGGCAUCAACGGCUCACAGCGGCCGGGGCGAGCAGUGAUCGCGAGCUGGAGAUGCUGCGAAGGAGGAGGAGAGGGGAGGUUAGGGGAGGAGUGGGAGGACCAGCAGGGGUGGCUGCUGGCAUUGGGAGAGGUAGAGGGAAGAGGGAAGGGGCAGCAGAGGCAGGGGGGAGCAUUGAUGCACAGGCCGCUGGCAAGUUGAAAGAUUCUGCACUGUUGGGAUCAGCAAAGGUGGAACCCGAGGGGGGGUUGUCCCACUGGCUAUCGGUUCUGCCGGCCGGCGCAGAGCUCUCUCAAGAGCUGUUCGACGAGAGGUUUAAGGAGCUCGAGAAGGAGGCAAUAGAGGUGGAGGAGGAGUUCUUGCGCUGUCUGGGGCCAGCUGAUAACGAGUACGGGGACAACGAGGAGGAGGAGGAGGAGAUGAUGUCGUUCAUCACUGCUGUCACGCGCACACCAGCUCCUGCUCCGGCUAAGACAACCGCAGCAGUGCCAGCAGGAGCAGUGACAGGAUCAGCAGCAAGACCCGCAGCAUGCACAAGAGGCACAGCAAGAGCGGAAUUAGGUGCAGGCACAAGAGGCACACGCUUGCUACCUGAACCCAGUCCUGGGGGCCACACCACCACAGCUGGUGGGAAGGCGAGUGGUGAGCUGCUUGACAAGUGGGCGCCGUUUGAUGAAGCACACCUGACCAUCGACCCAUUCAAGGGGAGGAAUGGUGCAUGCGAGCGAGGCACCACCAACCGAUCCAGCAGUAAUGGUGGCGAUAAGAGUGGUGGUAACGGUGGUGGGCAGAGAUUCUCAAGCCCUCCCAGGAAGGUGUCUGGGCAGCAACCUGUGCCGGAUCUAUUUAUUCUGAGAGCCACCCAGGAGAGUGCCAGCAGUCCGCGUUCGGUUAAGAGCAGCAGCAGGCACACUGCAACCGCUGCCAGUGCGUGUGACCGCAACGCCACCCGUGCUCCCCUGAACUCCACUCACCAGUCUCGCGCCACACCUGCAACACCUGCACCGGCUACCAGGCCAGCUGUAGCAGCAGCAGGGACGGCUGUAGCCCCGAGGCCCGCUGUUGCAGCAGCGCAAGAGGCAGCCACUGCUGUAGGAGCCGGCGCUGCAGCAGCAGGGGCACGCAGGCGAGUGGCGUUCCGAAUAUCUGAAGAAGUGGCCAAUGAUCCAACCUUAAAGCCACUCGUCAAGACGACGACGGCCAGUGGUGGUAGGGGAAGUGCUGCAACUGGUAAUGCGAUGAAGGCUGGGAAUGCGCCUACUGGUAGUAACCAGUCCGCUGGUAGGACCAAAGGGAUGAGGGUGUACGAGGUGCAACCGGGGGAGACGCUUUCUGGGAUCGCAGUGAGAGAGGGGCGCUCUGUAGCAGACAUCAUGAGGGCCAACCCCCACAUAGCCUCUCCGAAUUGUAUCUAUGCACGAGACCGCCUGGUGCUCUAAAUGGCACCGGCAUUUGUGAACACCUCCUGCAGUAGUCCGCUUUCGUAACUGGGUUAGUCAGCUUGCCUCUUCUCUCCGCAUUGUGUAACGCACAACCACGAUGUGCAAUAAAGGAGAUAAACUUGU